AUGAGCCACUUUUCAUCCCAUCUAACAGUGCUCGAGCAAGCUGCCACCCUUUAUCCCUCCUCACCUGCAUUCCGAGUGCCCCGAUCAGAUCCAACACACCAGGUACAAGAUUGGGCAUCGAUCUCUUAUAAGCAAUUCCGGGAAGACGUAGAAUGUUUCGCGAGACAUUGGUCCGUGAUUCUAAAAUCUGAUGGCAUCCCUGCGGGAAGCGUAGUUGGACUAUGGCACGUGAUUGGAGGCAUGACUUACUGCGACGUCCUUCAAAUCUACGGCCUCUCGAGGGCUGGUUUUGUCCCUCAACUAUUCAGCAUACGACUACCCAAUCCUGUCGUCGUCUUUGAGCUACUACGAAAGUCGCAGGCGAAAGCACUGAUAUAUGAUUCAACAUUCGAGUCUGGCCUUGUCGACUGCCCUGUUCCAGUUCAUCGCGCGGCCGAUCUUAGUGAUGUUACCAUCGAAAACCACCCACUUCCUGAUAUGCCCUCGAUAAGAAGCGGGGACCAGCUUGUCUUCGUCUUUCACACCAGCGGUUCAACUUCUGGCAGCCCAAAACUCGUACCUUGCACGUAUUCUUGGCUCUCAGCCAUUAUUGCUAAAGCAAAACAAGCCGGUAGGCCUCGAGAUCUUGAGCGGCAAGAUGUAAGCGUAUGGAUGGGAAGUAUGUGUCAUAUCGCACAGACAUCUAUGUUAAUUGGUUCCCUACAAUACGGGUCAUGUACGGUUCAGCCAACACAAAUCGGAUUCUCCACAGACGAGUUGGUCGAUAUGAUUCACCGCUGUCACCUUAAUCGCCUUAACCAGUUUUCUACAUUCCUUGCUGGUCAUCUUCGAAAUGCCCGCCAUAACCCCAAACUACUGAGCCUUCUUCGGAGUUUAGAUGAGAUAUUGUACAGUGGCCUGCCUCUGAAUCGUGAAGAAGAGGAGUGGGCUUACUGCAAUGGUCUGAAAUUGAAGAAUCUGUUCGGUAGUACGGAGUGUGGUGCUAUGCUUUUGUCCUCUCACAUCGAGGGUUCUGAUACUGCUUUCUUGCGUCCUUUGGAGGGCGUGUCAUAUGGAUUUUCCCCGAUAACUCCGAUGGACGGUAAUGAGGCGAACCAUCAAACCAAUACACAGCUACUCGAGCUUGUCAUCCUUGCGGAGUCGGGCGAUUGUCCUCAUCCUUCGUUACGACAAAGCGAUGGCCAUUUCCACACUGGUGAUUUAUUCCAAGAAAUAACGCCAGGCUCAUAUAUGUCCCGUGGUCGCAAUGACGACUGGAUAAAAAGCGAGAACAGCCUGAGAUGUGAUGCCAAAGCUAUUGAAGAUAAUGUUCGUUCAACCUGUGCAAAUCUCAUUGAAGAGUGCAUCGUCGUUGGCACAGGCCGUCCGUCGCCUGUUCUCUUCAUUGAACCGGCUCGUGGUGUUGAUCACAACUGGCUUAAAAGAGAAAUAAUUCGGAAAACCAGACCAUUUCAUUCUAGACGCUAUCUUCACGAACGGAUCACGUCUCCCAACUUCAUCGUAGUUGUUCCAUCAAAAUCAUUGCCCCGGACGGCAACCAAAGGAAAUAUACGACGCAAAGCUGUGGAGGAAGAAUACAAGGUCGAUCUAGACCGCCUGUACAGUACUAACCGCUAGGUCUGCAGGAUGGACCCUUAAUUAUUGGAUAUCUGACAUUUGUUUUGUUGUAUCGGAUUUAACUUACUAUCCACCUCGUAUAUCACUCUUUCUUGACAUCUAUAUCAUACGUACAAUUCUGCAUUAUACAUACAGUAAACUACUAAUGUACAGACAGCAAUGUUUAUUAUAAAGCACAUUACUAUCUUAUUAUCAAACAAA